AUGGCAUGGGGAGGCCUCUUCUUGAGCCUGAGCCGCCCCACACCGGAACAGCAGAAGUCGUGCCUGGCGGCUGCCGGCGGCUUCAACUACGACACGGACCUCCAUGGCGCCACCCACCCGAAAUCACCAGCCGCAUUAACAACCGCUGAAGACUCCGACAGGGUGCUGGCGGACCGCGGCUUCUCCGUGAACCGCUCGCGCGUCCUCGUCGGAUCCGGCGCCGACACCUUCCGCCACGCCAAGUCGGCCCUCCUCUCCUGGAAGCAUCUGGCGCUGGGGUGGGCGGAGGCGGAGCCGGGCACGCCAGUGAAGAUCGGCGCGAGGUUCUGCAUCUGCUACAAGGAGGUGGUCCCCUGGGUGAUGUUCCCGCUGCAGAUCGCCUACGUCACCGACGACAAGUACAAUGGCGGCAAGCGCGGGAAAGGCGGCGUGUUCGCGUUCGGCAGCGGCACCCUGCAGGGCCAUCUGCUGGCCGGGGAGGAGCGGUUCUCGGUGGAGGUGGACGCGGAGGAGCGGGUGUGGUACGAGGUGGUGUCCUUCUCCAAGCCGGCGCACCCGCUGUCGGCGCUGUGCUACCCCUACGUGCGCCUCCGGCAGAGGCACUUCGCGCGGGAGUCCGGCAAGGCGGUGCUCAGGCACGUCGCCGCCGCCUGCUCCUCCUCCAGGACGCCGCCGCCGACGCAGUGA